UGGACAUUGAUAUUUGAUAAUUGAAAUCAAUUGAAAUGUUGUGCUAUGAUGUGUAAACUUUGUUUGAAUUUUGACUCUUAAUGAAAACACAAAUCCUGUGCGUUUAUUAUUGUUCCAAACAUACCUACUUUUAUUAUUCCUUUAACAGAAAAUAGUAUUACGUGAAGGGCAGUAUGAAUUCAGCAACGCCAGGUGUACCACAGGUGCCGCUUCUGGAUGAUGACACCAUUGCCUUUGGAGAUGAGGAUAAUGCUAAUAAGCAGUUUGUCCAUCCGUAUAUCGUGUUCUUCCACUUAAUAUUUCGAUGCUCCGCUAUUGUUGUGUAUGUUCUGUGUGGAUGGUUCUCGGAUUCAUUUAUUGCAAGCUUCGUGCUCGUAACAUUGCUGCUGUCAGCUGACUUCUGGACUGUUAAGAAUAUUAGUGGAAGAUUGCUAGUGGGGCUGAGAUGGUGGAACUAUGUGGAUGACGAUGGAAAAUCUCACUGGGUGUUUGAAUCUAAACAGAACCGCGUUAACAGUAACGAGAGCCGUCUGUUCUGGUUGGGGCUGACGCUGUGUCCCCUCAUCUGGUCAGGAUUCUUUGUCAUCUGUCUCUUCGGACUCAAGUUUAAGUGGAUGCUAUUGGUCCUCAUAGCGCUGACAUUAAGUGGCGCCAAUUUGUAUGGGUAUAUCAAAUGUAAAUUCGGGGCAAAGGAGAAUCUGCAGACAGCCACCACAGACUUCGUUAAGAAACAGAUAUUGGCGAAUGCGACCUCCUUUAUGUUCACUCAACCAGCGCCACCUACGGCCGGUGGCAAUACCGGCGUUGUCUAGAUAACGUGUUCUAUUUCCAUUAGGAGGAUAAUAAAAAAAGUGUGUGUGUACUUAUGUAUGCACGCAAGAAGUUAUAUUUCUUUGGCCUAACGAAGCAAAAAUAAUUGAAAUGAUUUAUUCCUCGUGCUAUUCUUCGUUUUUAGAAAGAACAAUUUUGUAAAAAUCUUGCAAAGAUGGCUUUGACAAUUAAUUAUUAAAUAAUGAAUACGUCUGUAUGGGCUUGAACCCUUUGCCUGUUCUAAUAAUGGACGAAAACACUAAAAAAAAAUAACUAAUGACGCAAACGUCAAAAAAUUUUAGGAACCUACUUCAACCUUUUACUUUUGUAUUACAGUGAUGCGCGCGCAUCUUAAUGUUUCACUCUCAUCUGUUAUUCAUAACGCGUCUAAAGAAGUAUAACUUCAAUUACUAUUAUGUAUAAUGAUGUGUUGACCUGUAGCUAUGUAUAAUUUGUAAUUUACAUAUUUCUAAAUAACGGAUAAGACAAAAAAUCCUGUCUGGGUAUGUUGUUUAACGUUGAUUCAAUUAAAACAUUUAAAGAGAAUAGACCGACUGUUAAUAUAAAUGAAUGCCACAACCUAUUUUUGCGGAGGAUAUGAUAUGUUGCAUCCAUGGUAGCAUUAUACACAAUGACAUAUUGUUUUAAUAUUUAUACUUAAGUCAAUUGUACUCACUCGUGAUUGAUAAUGUUACAGUGAGCUUUGGUUUGAACUACUUGUUAGACGGGCUAAUCGCGAAUCCGUAAAACUGAGUCCGGAUAAUCGACCGACGAGUCCGUCUCUACCUACUGUAUUUGUAAUAAUUGGCAAAUGAACAUAUUAUGCAGUAGGUGUUACAGAAUAGGUAUUUGUAUGAUGUAAUGAAUUCAAUUCUUAAAAUGGUACAAAUAAAUGUAAUAGCAGUACCUAAUGUGUGAACAUUAUUGUUAUUCGAUCUGAAGGGUGUCGUAGCUAGUGAAAUUACUAGGCAAAUGAGGCUUGACAUCUUGUGUCUCAAGGUGGCGAGCGCAAUUGUAGUGCCGCUCAGUUUUUGAAGAAUCUUUGGGCAGGGCAUAUCAUUUACCAUCAGCUGCCCGUCCCUUGUUUUCAUAAAAUAUAAAAUAAAAAGCCCCCUCGGUAAUUAUUAUUUGUUUGUACUUGUGAGAAUCAUUAUUGGAUUGCAUUAUUACCAAUUCCAUAGUGUUCUGACUGUCUUAGCUAGAUCAAUUUUAAUAGAACACAUGCCUCUACUUUAUUGUAUUCUUUACAUUCCUUAUUUACUCUUUGUAUUUUGUAAAUAUAAAAUUAUACUAAUAAUUUCGUCAUUUCAACAUUUUAUGCAGUGAUUACAAUAAAUUGCCUCCGGUUUUUCGUACAUCAUUUUCUUUUUCAUGUUGUAUUUUUGAACAUAUUUUUAUUUAUGUUGAAUGUAUAUACUUAUUAAUAAUGAAUAUUUAAUUUAAGCUAUUUGUAACAGUAAAUGUAAUUUAUUAAAAAAAAUGCUAGAAA